CUGCCAUCGUCUGUUUUCAAUACUCGAACUCACUGACUCGACCUAUACUUUCGGUUUGUAGUCACCUUCUCCUCGUCUAGAAAUGACAAGAUUGGAUUCCUGAAUUCGGUACUUACGCGAUCCUAAUCUGACAAAUCUCAGUCUAUCUCUGCAUAUCGUCACUUUUAUUCAACUUCGGUUUGCAUCUCACAUUCAGAUUCAGAUCCACCCAUACACCACCUCUCAAGCCACCCACCAAAACACCACACGCCAAACAAUGUCGCUGAAUGCCAGCGCCAGUGUCAGUGUCAGCCCCUUGCGUUUUCCUGCACACACGUACCUCUCCAACUCCGCCGCCCAUCAGGACCGCCAGAGCCAUCCUCACCAGCAACGUCCAUCCAAUCUCGCUCCUCUCACUACCACCGAUGAUGAUGCCGCCGUUGCCACCGCCCUCGCUCUGCUUGAGUCGGCGUCCCAGUCCCUCAGCACGAUGAAGCCAGAGCGCGUCCCCAUGCCGGCACAUACACAUACACACGCACACCCACUCUUCGCACAGCGGCGCGGACAUGGUAUGCGUGGGAGCAUGACCACAGAAUCACAUCUCAACACGUCCACUCCUCCCUCGCCCCCCUCUGCUGCUCAGGUCACACAUACCAAUCCACCUCCUAUACAGGCUCCACCCGCGCACAAUGCAACCCUCAUAUCUCCAAGCAGGCGCCGCGACAGUGUUUUGUCUUCUCCUGCUACCAGUGGUGCGAUCCCGGAUGACGGUGCGGAAAGUGUCAUGUUCUCUGGUGGUGAAGGCCUGCUUGCGUCGCGGCAUGCGCCUGGGAAUUGCACUGCUGGUGCUGGUGCUGGUGCUAGUUCUGGUUCUGCUGCUAUCAAUCAUAGCACAGAGAGCAUGGAUGUAGAAGAGGAUAUGGAGGACGGCGAGAUUGUCGACCGUGAGGCCCACCAGCAUGACCACCACCACAACCACCAUGAUACCUACCAGAACAAUCACCACGAAGGUCCCUACAACAUCAACAACAACCCUCCCACCCACGCCCCCCGCGGUCCACGCAACCCAUCAUACAACCCCCACAAUCCCUACCGCAUCGCAAAACAACCUCGCUACCCAGCACAUUACAACACCCGGCGUAUUACAAGCACAUACAUCGACCUCGACGACCCAGAGGGACCGCGCGAAUUGACCAGUAUGCGGCCAUGGUUCAGUCGCGGGCGUGGAAAUCGAAGCCGAGGCCAAGGCCGAGGGCAAGGAAUGGGACGCCCAUAUAGUGCCCGCCCCUACGCGCAGAAGACGUUCGACGGAGUGCCGUUUCGCGGAUGGGUGGAUCAGGAUUUGCCGCCGAUUCCGCGGGUUGAGGAGUGGAGUUAUGAGAAGGAGACGGCGAAGUUGUGGGCUAUGGAUAUGGGGGAUGGGGAUGCGGACCGUGGGGCGUGAUGUGUGGG